AUGGGGUGCGUGGUCUACCCAUGCCGUUCUGUCAAUGCUGACGCCUCUGCUCUUAGGUCCUCCGGCCGUCAUAGCCGCACCCAUAUUGACAUAACCCACAUUCAUUCUCGCACCCCUUCCCCUGUCUCGCAAGGCGACGACGAGCUCCACGAGAACGGCGUCCAAGUCUCGCCUGCCGAGAUCUCCCCUCAAUACUCGGUGAUUCAACCUACCCAGAGCCAGAGUGGUUCGUCAUCGCAUCCUGGCGACUUUGUCACAUUGGAAUACCCUCCCGAUCUGCCUGAAGGCGAUGGCUCAGAUUUGGCAUCAAGAAUAGACCAUCGGGAGCGGGUGCAGCAGUACGACUCUCGAGCCAACUCCACCCGGCGACAACCUUCUCGCCGUCAACCGGAAAGACGUGACGCCACGCGCAGUCGGACACGGGAGUUACAAGAUACAUCACCCACCGAGAGCGGCGAUUCAACAGAAGAAUUUCUGGCCAGGCGAGAUCUGGGCCCUGGUAUGCCGCGCCCUCAAUCAUACUAUGCGCACAACGGGUACCCCCACAGCAGUGCCUCUGGAUCCUACGCCUACCCUGCCGUGCCGCAUUCGAAUCAGAUGAUACCUCUUCAACCCCAACCGCUGGCGGUGCCCUUUCCACCUUCAUACCCUCCCAUGGCUGCCGGCCAGCCCGUACCAUACCCCCCUCAUUCGGGAUAUGGGGGCGGGUAUGGCAAUCAUGCCCCGUCCCAAGUGACCUCUCCAUAUACGUCGUCCCCCUACGGACCUCCCACCAUUGUCAACUACGGACCACCGCCUCCGGGGGCAUAUUUUCCACCCCACUAUCCGCCCCAAUUCCCGGGGCAGCAGUAUCAACCUCCUUUUCUUCAGUAUCCUCAGCAAAUGCCAUACCCCCCUUACAUGGAUUAUCGGCUUGGUCCUCCUCUCGCACCUUCACCACAACCUGGUUCCGCCACGGCAUCUGUGGAUAAGUUUGAGGUGAAGAAAGAUGCAGACCCAGAAGAGAUGUUCAAACGGUUUGCGGACUUGAUGAAGGAAGAACGAGCUCAGGCCGAGCUCUCCAAGGAAGCUCAAGCGGCCGAAGAUGCCAAGGCCGCCGCCGCCCGAGCCGAGCACGAAAGUCGCAUUCGGGAACAGGCCCUUCGACAGGCCGAGGACAAAGCGCGAGAAGACGCCAUACGCGCUGACGAAGAGAAGCGGAUUCGAGAUCAGGCUCUGAUCCAAGCCGCAGAGAAGGCCCGGGCGGAAGCUGCUGCUGCUGCUGCACGCGCUGAAGAGGAACGACGCAUCCGGGAAGAAGCGAUUCGAGCGGCAGAAGCCAAAGCCCGUGCAGAUGCCGCCGCCAUGGCCGAGCGGAUGGCGGCCGAGCAACGAAUUCGAGAUGAAGCGAAGCAAGACGCGAUUCGAGCUUACGAAGAGAAGGUUCGCCAAGCAGCCGAGCAAGCAGCACGAGAGCAGCAGAUCCGUAAAGAAGCCGCGGAUGCCGCGUUGAAAGCUGCAGCCGAAGAGGCAGCGGCAAAAGCUGAAAAGGCUGCCGCAGAAAAGAAGAUCGCCGAUGAGGCGGCAGCAGCGGCUAAGACGGCCGCCGAGAAAGAGGCCGCCGAUGCGGCGGCCGCAAUAAAGGAGGAGGCCAGAAAGGCCCAAGAAGAAGCCCAAGCCAAGCUGAAGGAGGCCGAAGAGGCCGCAGCCAAGGCAAAGGCGGAAGCGGAAGAAGCGGAAAAGAAGGCAAAGGCGGCAGCUCCUCCGGAGAAGAAAGCUCCGGUGAGGUUCAAAGAUGCCAUUGGGCGCAAUUACAACUUCCCCUGGGAAAGAUGCUGCAAGUGGAGGGAUAUGGAAGGCCUCAUCAACCAGGCCUUUGCGCACAUCGAUGGCCUUGCUGAUCAUGUCAUGAACGGGCGCUAUGAUUUGAUCGGACCCGACAAGGAGAUCAUCAUGCCCAACUAUUGGGAAUCCACCAUUGAGCCCGACAUGCAUAUUACGAUGAUGAUGUGGCCAAUUCCUGAACCGCCGGCGGAAGAAGCACCACCACCACCUCCGGAUGUCAUUUUGAAUCUCGAUGACGAGCUGAACCCGAGGAAGGAGAAGAAAGGGAAAAAAAGAAAACCUGGCGGACUGGCCGCAUGGAUGCUGGGAGGGGCUCCCCCCCGGCCGAACCGGCCUUUAAAAGGUGAAAAAAGGCCUGAUGUAGCCGCGAAACCCCAGCACGGUGCCGCCGAACAAGGUGGAUGCGCCGUUAUGUGA